UUCACUGACCACCCCAGUGUGUAUGUUAGACAUUGCCGACGCGCGUGAGCUCGCGCACACAAAUGGGGCACGCCACCGUCUGCCUGGCCUCCCUGCUGCUCGCCGUCACCUUUCUACUUGUCUCCGCCGCCACGGAGUCGCUCACGGCCGUGCAGACGGACCAGGCGGCCACUAAGAGCGGGUCCUCCCCGCCGGUGCACUGCUGCAAACAGGAGGAGGAAGCGGUGGCCAACCCAGCCCAGCCUGUCGGCGGUCUUGCGGACUUGGCAUCCGCGGAGGAGCAAGGUCAGAAGCCCGACUCUCACCGGAGUAACAAAAAGAAGAUUGACGACGACGGCGACGACGACGACGAUGAUGAUAAUGAUGAUGGCAACGACGACGAUGACGACGACAACGGCCAAUCCCACUCGGACCACGACUCUGACCAUGAUGACGAUGAUGACAACUCAAACGGCAGGAAGAAGAAGCCCUCAGCAGCUCCAGAGAAGAAGGGAGUCUUGGGAGGUAACCGAGUUUCACAAAGAAGGAAUACCAAACGGAGUCCAAACGGAAUAAAACUUUCGCGAUGAUCUUUCUUGGCC